AUGAAAUUAAAAGAAAUUGAUCGAACUGCUCAUGUUGCUUGGUCUCCGGCUAAGAAUGAAGAACAAACAACAAAUACAAAUUAUUUAAUUGCCGGUACAGCUGCUCAACAACUUGAUGCAAGUUUUAGUACAAAUUCCCAAUUAGAAGUAUAUCAAGUUAAUUUAGCGGAUAGAAGUAUGUCGAUGGCACCAAUUGGAUCAAUAAAAACAGAUUAUCGUUUUAAUAAAUUAAUUUGGCCAUCAUUAAAAUUAUUAAUUGGUGCUACAGAGAAAGGUCGUAUCUAUUUAGUUGAUCCAUUAGCUCAAUCAAUAACUCAACAACUUGAUAAACAUACUGGAAGUGUCCAUUCAAUUGAUAUGAAUACUCUUCAACCAAAUCUAUUUGCAAGUGGUGGAUCAAAUUCCGAAUUAAUGAUCUGGGAUUUAAAUGAUCUUAAACAACCAAUGAUACCUGGUGGUACAUCACCAUCAAGUCAUCAUAUUGAUGAAGAAGUUCAAUGUGUUUCAUGGAAUCGACAAAAAUCUCAUAUACUUGGUUCAACUCUUGGUGGAAAAACUCUUAUUUGGGAUUUAAAAUCUAGUAAUGAACCAAUAUUUAAAAUAACUGAUUCAACAUAUCGUAUGAGAGCAAAUCGGCUUGUUUGGCAUCCAGAUAUAACAAGUCAAUUAUGUUUAGCAAGUGAAGAAGAUCAAUCCGCAUCUAUACAAUUAUGGGAUCUUCGUUUUGGAACUAGUCCAGUGAAAUUACUUACUGGACAUACAAGAGGAAUUUUAGAUUUACAAUGGUCACCAAAUGAUGGUAAUUUAUUAAUGUCAAGUGGAAAAGAUAAUAAAAUUAUAUGUUGGAAUCCAAAUGAUUUACAAAUUAUACCAGAAAUUGUUUAUGAAAUACCAUGUAAUCAUUGGUGUUUUGAUGUUAAAUGGUGUCUUGUUGAUCCAAAUUUAAUAUCAGCAUCAUCAUUUGAUGGUACAUUAAGUAUUUAUACAUUAAUGGGUGGUUCAUGUCAAGUUUCUCGCCCGGUUAAUAAUCAAUUGUUUACUCAAGCAUUCGGUGAUGGACUUCCUCCAACAUCAGAACCACAUCCAUCAACAACUACACAUGAUGUAUUACCUAUUAAAUAUGCACCGAAAUGGAUGCGACGUCAAACAAGAGUUUCCUUUGGUUUCGGUGGUAAAUUAGUCAUUGUUCAACAUCCACCUACUCCAACAGCAACAUCAGCAGAAUCAGGUCCAGCAUCUCCAAGUGCUACUAAUACUCGUCGUUUACCAGUACUUAUUCAACAAGUUGUUGUUGAUCAUGCAUUUGUUCAAACUGUCCAAACAUUUGAUACUAUGUUACAAGCUGGUACAUUACUUGAUUAUUGUGAUCAUCAAAUAUCUUCAACAGUCAUAUCACAAGAUGAACAAAUUUUAUGGCGUUUUUUACGUGCUUCAUUUGAAAGUGAUCCAAGAAAUAAAUAUAUUGAACUAUUAGGUUUUCGUCGUGAUGAUAUUUUACAUAAAGUACAAACAUUAACAUCCGAUGAAAAACAUAAUUUACCAACUGAAUCAUUAAAUGGUUUACAUUUAGAUGAUAAUCAUA